GGAGGAGGAGGAGGACGGCGCCCGCCGCCGCCGCGCCAGGAUGAAGCCGGGUUUGCUCCGGAGCAGCGGGAGCCCAUGAAGCCGUGAGGCCGGGGAGGGCGCGGGGGGGCGGACGCCGGACGGACGAGCGAAUACGAUGGUGCAUUUGGAGGUGGCCGCGCUGCUGGUCGCCCUGGUCGGGGUUUGCGUCUGGACGGACGAGACGGGGAAAGUUAUCUCGGAUCGCUACGCCGUGUACUGGAACAAGAGCAACCCCAGGUUUCAUCGAGGGGACUACACAGUGGAAGUGAGCAUCAACGACUACCUGGAUAUCUACUGCCCUCACUAUGAGGACCCCUUCCCGACGGACAAGAUGGAGCGGUACAUCCUGUACAUGGUCAACUACGAGGGCCAUGCGUCCUGCGACCACCGGCAGAAGGGCUUCAAGCGCUGGGAGUGCAACCGGCCCGACUCGCCCAACGGGCCCCUGAAGUUCUCCGAGAAGUUCCAGCUCUUCACGCCCUUCUCCCUGGGCUUUGAGUUUCGGCCGGGGCAUGAGUACUACUACAUCUCUGCCACCCCCCCUAACCUGGUUGACAGGCCCUGCUUAAAGCUGAAGGUUUAUGUUCGACCGACAAACGAUUCCCUGUACGAGUCCCCGGAGCCCAUCUUCACAAGCAAUAACUCCUGCUGCAGCCUCAGGGUCCCGCACGCCAUCCUGGUGGUGGUGCCGGUGUUCUGGACUAUCCUCACCUCCUAGCCCCACGCGGAGCCACACCGAGGGAGGGGAGCAGCCUCGCAGCACAGCCGGGAAAGGAGGAGACGGACAUGGGGGAAGAGGCGACGUGCUGGGGCCGGGGCUGGGGGGCAAGGUCCCUCUCAGUCCAGCCUUUGGCUUUUGCUUUCCAAGUUUUUCUUUGACAGUGACCUUGGACCAGGGGCUCCAGCUGCUCGGAUGCUGGGGGAAGAGGGGACCCCUGCCCCUGACCGGGACUGAUUUGGGGAGAAGACUGCCAAGAUCCCCCCUGCCCUGGCGCCCCUCUUUGGGCGCCACUAACCUUGGGCGGGACUGCGGCAGGGCGGACGCAGUGCUGGCUCUGGACGGACCCGCGGCUUGGCCUCCCCCACAGGCAUUCGCUUUUUAAAUUUCUAGACCAAA